CGCAUCUCAUGCUAGGCUCGACAUGGCGGGGAGAGACUCGUUGAGUCGUACAGAAAUCUCGUCACUAAUCGGGAACUCGCGUGAAGGGACAGCCUCCAACGUCACCUUUCUAUCGGCCGAUGACGGCGAAAGGGUCCUAUCCAGGAGUACCCCCUUGCGCAAGGCGUGUUCAUCGCUAUCGCGGCUGACGAGCGGGGAUACAGCUCUUGCAAGUACUCUGGUCUUUGAUCUGGCCUCCGACCUGCUGGACUGUUCUGCGGCAACCUUCUGGGUUUCUUUCUUCGGCGCAUGUCAUCUUGGCUCGGGAACUGCGCUAGUGCCCUCUGAGAUCCGUCGUCUGGUUCAGUUCAUGCACGGCAAAGAUUCGCUCAAACGUACAUGCUUCAACUCUUCUGGAAAGUACACGAGUGCUGUCGUCUGCGCGCCAUGCAGUGCCGGGAAGUUUUUCUGCUCUGCGGUUACGUUCACAUACUGCAAGGGACGACUUUCGGUGCUGCUUUCCCUUGCUGUACCCACCCUGCAACCUCGGACGACGCGUCUUGCUCUCUGCGACGGCCACUCCUAGCCGGUCUCCGACCGCGUCGGCUACCUUCAGUGACUAAGAGUGCUCAUUAACAGCGCGAUCUACCCAUUGCUCAAUUCCCUACCCUCUUUUCUCUGAAAGGCAUGUUUCGUGAACUGUACCGGUUGGUCCGCUGAAAAUGAAGCAUAUCGCGAUUUUCUGCAAUUCCGUGAAGUCGGCCCCUGGUUCUCGCCUAUAAUCUUUGCACUAAACCCGCCUCCCGGUCCGCUUGUUGGUGCAAGAUCCUUUGUGCCAGCGAACCCGGACCGUGCGCAACGCGGAUGACGUGCAUUGCAAAGUGCAGUGGCCUGAGCAUCGGAAGUGCUGGCCCGACACAUGUUCGAACUUCGGAGCUAUGCGCGCUAGCCACAUUUCGAGUCAGUGCUAUGUUAAACUUGCGUUGCGACAUACCCUGCUUAAAAACACAGCUGUUUUUGUCGAUCCACUGCUCGGCUCAGGAUCGGGAUGGGCUAGUCUCCGACCAGGCGGAAGCAGGGAGCCCAAUGAGCGCUGGCAUGCGUUGACCGCUGUGCACGCAGGGGAGUCUCCAUACGCGCU